GGCGGCGGCAGCAGCGGCGGCGGCGGCGCGCGGGGAUGGGGCCAUGGCGCGCGCGGGCGGCGGGGCACCGCGGGAGCUGUCCCUGGAGGAGGUGCUGAAGUGCUACGAGCAGCCGCUGAACGAGGAGCAGGCCUGGGCGCUCUGCUUCCAGAGCUGCCGCGCCGCCGCCGCCGCUCCCCCCGCCGCGCCGCUCCGCACCGCCGACAUCCGCCUCCAAGGAGACGGCUCCGUCGUCCUUCCCGCGCCGCCGCCCGAGCUGCCCCUGCUGCUUACACCCUCUGCUGAAGCCCAGAUGGUGCAGUCGUUGGGCUUCGCCAUCUACCGUGCGCUGGACUGGGGGCUGGACGAGAACGAGGAGCGUGAGCUGAGCCCGCGGCUGGAGCAGCUCAUCGACCUGAUGACCAACAGCGACUCGGAGGACAGCGGCUGCGGCACAGCCGACGAGGGCUAUGGGGGGCAGGAGGAGGAGGAGGAGGGGGGCGAGGGGCCGCUGCGCGCCGUGCGCACCUUCGGGCAAGCCAUGCGGUGCUGUGCCGCGCGCCUGGCUGACCCCGCUGAGGCGCAGGCACACUACCAGGCUGUCUGCCGUGCUCUCUUUGCCGAGACCGUGGAGCUGAAAGCCUUCCUUGCCAAGAUCCGCGAUGCCAAGGAGAUGCUGCAGAAGCUGAAGGAGGACGAGGAAGCGGAGGAACGGCCGGUGGCAGAGCUGGGCAGCCUGCGCAACACCGACUGGGCCCGGCUGUGGGUACAGCUGAUGCGGGAGCUGCGGCACGGUGUGAAGCUGAAGAAGGUGCAGGAGAAGCAGUUCAACCCCCUGCCCACCGAGUACCAGCUCACCCCCUUUGAGAUGCUCAUGCAGGACAUCCGUGCCCGCAACUACAAGCUCCGCAAGGUCAUGGUGGAUGGAGACAUCCCUCCCCGGGUGAAGAAGGAUGCCCAUGAGCUCAUCCUUGACUUCAUCCGCUCCCGGCCCCCACUAAAGCAGGCGUCAGAGCGUCGGCUGCGACCGCUGCCCCAGAAGCAGAGGACACUCCACGAGAAGAUCCUGGAGGAGAUCAGGCAGGAGAGGAAGCUUCGGCCUGUGGAGAUGCCAUACCGUGGACAGAAAGGCUACAGCUCCCUCCCCUGCAUCCCUCAUGCCUGCUCAGGCCGCCUGGCCUCCAGCUCCUGCCUCGAGCUGUCCCGGUGCCCAGUGAGUGCCGCGCCGGUGUGCCCACGGCCCCGUGUCCUGCUCAAGGCACCCACCCUGGCCGAGAUGGAGGAGAUGAACAUCUCCGAGGAGGAGGACUCUCCAGGCACAGAGGUGCCUCUGAAGCGGGACCGCUCCUUCUCAGAGCACGACCUGGCACAGCUGCAGAGCCAGAUGGGGGUUGGCCAGCCUGCACCCCAAGAGCCAGAGCCGCUGCAGCCCGAGCCCCGGCCCCGCUCAGGCUCUGUCCCCGCUAGCUGCCACCCACUGCCGGACAGCUCAGCACCACCCCGGACUGCUCUCGGUGCCGUGGAGGAGAGGCCAGAGGAUGGAUCCACUACUGCUCCUAGCACCAGCUCCAAGCACCUCUGGCUGGAGUUCAGCCACCCCGUGGAGAGCCUGGCCCUCACCGUGGAGGAGAUGAUCAACGUGCGCAGGGUGCUGGUCAAGGCUGAGAUGGAGAAGUUCCUGCAGAGCAAGGAGCUGUACAGCAGCCUGCGGAAGGGGAAGGUCUGCUGCUGCUGUAGGACCAAGUUCCCCCUCUUCUCCUGGCCUGCAGCAUGCCUCUUCUGCAAGCGCUCUGUCUGCAGCUCCUGCAGCCUGAAGAUGAAGAUGCCCUCCAAGAAGCUGGCUCAUAUCCCUGUCUACGCGCUGGGCUUUGAGAGCCUCCCAGGCUCGCUGCUGGCCAAAGCCCUGCCGCUGCGGAGGAGAGAGACCUUCCACUCCCUCUCGGGCACGUGCUGGCGCCGGGUAGAAGAGGAAUUCCCCCACAUCUAUGCCCAGGGCUCGGUCCUGCGCGACGUCUGCAGUGACUGCGCUGGCUUCGUCACCGACGUCAUCUGCUCCAGCCGCCGCAGCGUGGCUGUCCUCAACGCCGCACCACGCCGCGCCAAGGCUCGCUCCCUCUACUGUGACUCCUGGCACAAGUGAGGGGCGCAGAUCCCACUGGCGGCCACCCAGAUGUACAUAUAUACAUAGGACAUAUACGUACAGCCUCUAUAUUUAUAUACCUUAUGGACCAGGGGGAGGCGAGGCACAGUGACAUGAUAGCCGCCUGCUGUCCCCCCUGUCCUCUCAUAUCCCCGCCACCGGCAGGACGCUGCAAUGGCUACUGUGGGGAUAGGUCCUGCCGCGGGGCACCCUCCAUUGCCCAUUACCCUCAACAUCCACCUCCCCCCAUCCCUGCUUCUGUGCCAAGCCCUGGCUGUGCCGGGGCAGCCAGUGCCGGGGGGCUGGCACGGAUGCUCUGUAUGUGCCCACCCCGGCUAAUAAACCUGCUAGGCUGCC